CAGGAAUAAAGACAAAAGAACGAGUCAAAUUUUUCACUCAUAAAAUUCACAGUAUGUGGGAUCGAACCGGAGUCGUGAGUCAUUAAGGCCAUUUACGAUGAGAAUGAGUGAUAGAGUGAGAAAUACCAGUGAGAAGUGAGGUAUAACGGUGAGAAGUGAGGUAUAACGGUGAGAAGUGAGGUAUAACGGUGAGAAGUGAGGUAUAACGGUGAGAAGUGAGGUAUAACGGUGAGAAGUGAGGUAUAACGGUGAGAAGUGAGGUAUAACGGUGAGAAGUGAGGUACAACGGUGAGAAGUGAGGUACAACGGUGAGAAGUGAGGUACAACGGUGAGAAGUGAGGUAUAACGGUGAGAAGUGAGGUAAAACAGUGAGAAGUGAGGUAAAACAGUGAGAGGUGAGGUAAAACAGUGAGAGGUGAGGUAAAACAGUGAGAAGUGAGGUAUUGUAUUGUGGUUGACUCUGCCGGGAGGGGUCACACUGGAAUCCGAACCACAGAAGAACGGGACAUCACAGUUGAAAGUGGUGCUUAAAAGGUAGAGGCGGAAAGAAAAUUUGGACCUGGAGAAAGUUGGACACGGAGGAGGAGGAGGAGGAGGAGAAGGUCGGUGAAGAAGAGAAGAGAUUCCUGGUGGCUGGCACAGGUGAGAUCUCAUUAUCUGGAGAGGCCCCGACAGGCUUUGGUGUACCUGGUGUUGGUCGGUGUUGUCCAGGGGGUGACAGUGGGAGCAUCAUGAACGGCGGUGGAGGAUGUCUGUCUUGUCAGCACUCCCCUAGAAGAAGGAGGAUAUCUUCCUCUCCUUGUUCCUCGUCGUCGUCGUCAUAUUCAUCGUCAUCAUCGUCGUCUUCGUCCUCGUGGAGUCAUGAACAGGGCCAUGAGAGUGACGACCCGCCCCCCACCUGGGUGUACAUGACGGUGUGGGUGGCUGGGGUGCUCGUCUACGUCAACGGCCUUACGGGGGACUUCGUGCACGACGACGUCAGCGCCAUCAAAAGAAACCCGGACGUAUUGGGAACUAACUCAGUCUCCCACGUGUUCCUCAAUGACUAUUGGGGCAAGCCAAUGUCCGACCCCCACUCCCACAAGUCCUACCGGCCCCUCACCAUCCUCACCUUCAGGUAGGUACUCCAUUAUAACUCCUACAGGCCCCUCACCAUCCUCACCUUCAGGUAGGUACUCCAUUAUAACUCCU